CCCAGUUUUUAAGCAGUGCUCGCCCGCCAGCGCGGAGUGGCUCCUUCCCAGACCUGCCCCAGCACGAAUCAUACCUAUUUGUCACACCACUCUUGGUGCCCUUUGUUGGCUGUUCAUGAGCUCUUGUCUCGGGCUCCCACCUGGAGCUCAGCUUGCAUCUGGCACUGCAGCUGCCCCAGCCACCCUGCACCAGUCCUGCACUCACCACAGAGAUUUUGCCCCUCUUUUCCCUCGCAUUGCAGAGUGAACCUUGAGAAAAGGAUACAGGAGACAAGAAACAAGGACUGAAUAUCUUGCCACGGAGAUUGCUGUCUCUGCAACUGCAAAAGGCGCAAUGGACAAGUUCGCAGUACCAGCUGCAGCAUUUGCUUUUACUCUGGUUGAGAGAGUUGUAGAAAUUAUUAUCGACGAAUGCAGAAGGAAAAAGUGGGAGAAGAGCAACAAGGUGCUGGAAUCCGAGAGGAACGAAGACUUGCAGGACCUCAACAAAAAAAUACAAGCUCUGCAUAAAGAUUUCAACAUAUCAAAGGAGCACACAAAGAAUGAGAUUCAGAUAAUAAGAGCUGACCUGGAGAAGAAAGGAAUGAAGGAGGAGGAACUGGUAAGGGAGCUGGAAUCAAUGUUGAACAAGAAACUCCAGGAGCUGUCCGAAAAAUUUCAAACUCUGGAAGGAGAAGUAAAGGAAUUGCCAGAGAAAACAAGGCGUGCGAUUAAGAUAAUGAGAGCUGACCUGGAGAAGCAAGUAAAGAAGGAAAUUUUAAGGGCCGUGGAAUCCAUAUUGAAACAGCAGCUUGGGCCACUAUCCAAAAAAUUUCAAACUCUGGAAGAAGAUGUACAGAACUGGCAAGAGACCACAAAGCAUGAGAUUCAGCUUCUCAGAGCAGACCUGGAGAAGCAAGGAAAGAAGGAGGAGGAAAGUUCAAGGGAGCUGGUAUCAAUGUUGGACAACAAGUUCGGACAGCUGUCCCAAAAAUUUCAAACUCUGGAAGAAGAGGAAAAGAAAUGGCAAGAGACCGCAAAGCGUGAGAUUCAGAUAAUGAGAGCUGACCUGGAGAAGCAAGGAAAGAAGGAGGAGAAAAUUGCACGGGAGCUGGAAUCAAUGUUGAACAAGAAACUCCAGGAACUGUCCCAAAAAUUUCAAAUUCUGGAAGGAGAAGUAAAGGAAUUGCCAGAGAAAACAAAGCAUGAGAUUAAGAUAAUGAGAGCAGACCUGGAGAAGCAAGGAAAGAAGGAAAUUUUAAGGGCUGUGGAAUCCAUGUUGAAAGAGGAGCUUGGGCCACUAUCCAAAAAAUUUCAAACUCUGGAAGAAGAUGUACAGAACUGGCAAGAGACCACAAAGCGUGAGGUUCAGCUUCUCAGAGCAGACCUGGAGAAGCAAGGAAAGAAGGAGGAGGAAAGUUCAAGGGAGCUGGUAUCAAUGUUGGACAACAAGUUCGGACAGCUGUCCCAAAAAUUUCAAACUCUCGAAGAAGAUGUACAGAAUUGGCAAGAGACCACAAAGCGUGAGGUUCAGAUAAUGAGAGCUGACCUGGAGAAGCAAGGAAUGAAGGAGGAGGAAAUUGCACGGGAGCUGGUAUCAAUGUUGGACAACAAGUUCGGACAGUUGUCCCAAAAAUUUCAAACUCUGGAAAAAGAUGUACAGGAAUGGCAAGAGACCACAAAGCGUGAGGUUCAGCUUCUCAGAGCUUACCUGGAGAAGCAAGGAAAGAAGGAGGAGGAACGUUCAAUGGCCCUGCAGUGCAGCAUCAAAACGUUACUCCAGCAGGUCUCCCAAGUAUUUCAAAUUCUGGAUCAAACUUUGCAGUGGAGACAGGAGGUGCCAUAUCUUGAGUUCCCGCUUUUCCAAGCAUACCUGGAGAACUACCUAGGGAUAGCCAUGCCGCGAGAAGAGAUAAUUCACCGACGAGUCCUGGAAUUGGCAGGAGGGGAGAGGAUUAAUAAUACAUGGACUGACUCCAGAUGUGCAGUUGGCAUAGGGCCUGCUCAGGGUGAUGUCUGGAACAGAAGAUUGCGUGAAGCUCGAGGGGCAGAGGGGAUAGACGGACCUCCAAGGCACGCCCUGGGAUUUUCCUGGCGGAGCUCCACUCAUCUCAGCUUGCCUCUUGGAGAGACAGACAAGGACCUGCUGGCAUGCGGUGGACAUGUCUCUUACAGAGAAGACUUCGGAACCACAGUGGGAGAGACCACUGCAAGUACCUCUCACCACCUUCCCCGCAAUCAAUAUCAAGGAGCAGAACGCCUGGAUCCAUCACUCUCGAGUGAAGAAGGCCCCAGAAGCCCCUUGGAGAGUGACACCAGGAGACAAUGAACUGAGACUAAAACUUACUUGGGCAAAAUGUGUGUAUUGCGGCUGGUGGUAGUUCAUACUUUCAUUUACAGAAUUGUUUUGUAUAUAAUUAUAACUGAAGUUUUAGAACUAGAGAGUACCUCUGUCCAAAGCAAUGCUGAAUGGCCUUGGUCCCAGGCUUUUAAUCAGUAUACUGGAUCCAUGGAAGAACUUUCUGAGAUAAAAGAUUUAAACCUAUCCACUGUAGUAAUCCACGGGAAUCAGGUAUAUGAGGAGCAAGAAUGGCAGGAGCAAGAACUGUGGACACUUAAGAGAUCAGAGGAGAAGAAAUCAAAGUAGGAUGCCAGGUGGUCAAUGAGAUGGCUUAUGAGAGAGCAGAUGCAAUUAGUGUCUCAACCUCUCCUGGUGUGUACAAACACCAGGAAGUUUGUGAUAGCCUAAGUGAAUCAGACUGUUGGUGUAAUUUCACCUUGAUACAGUCUGUAAAAGUGACUUGCCUUUGGGCUCGUGAUGCUAUCGGGCUCUCAUUUAAAUUUAAAAUAGACACUGCACUUUUUACAACAAUAAGACCUUAUACAACCCACUCUAGGACUCAAAUAGUUCAGACUCAACCCAAACUUGAACCUGAAGUGUAUGAAAUAGGUCCCUAUGUAGUGAGGAAUGUGAGUGAACAACAUUCUGUUGUUCAAUCCAGAAUGGUCUCUCAAACAAGUGGAGUUGAUGAUCCAAAUUAACAUCUCAAAAAUCCAACCAGCCUGCUCCUCUUUCCUAAGAACAUCCUUUGAGGGCUGGACAAAGUGGUUACAAAGACAGGCAUAUCUCAGGAGCAGGAUAAGAAAGGAUCUAACUGAGAUAUUAGGGACAGGAUUAGGAGUUUUAAAUAGAAUUGAUUCAGAAAUACUGAUGAAUAAGCUGGCCACUGCAGCAGGUAGCCUAACAAAAUUGAAGCAGCCUUUAUAGUCAUCUCUAUUGGCAUUAGGAACUAGCCAGUAGCAGGUUUCAAAAGUACUGCCAAAGUAAGAAAAGGCCAGGGACCAAGACCACAAGUUAAUAGUAGAAGCACUUAGUACAAUUCAAGAUAAUGUCUUUAGCUUUCAGUUGUAUACAAGCAGAGUUAUAGAUGCAAGCAACAGCAGCUCUGAUCAUAUGCGAAAGGGGUGAAGGUAAUUUUCCAGCUGAAAUUCAGAAAGUUGUCUAAGAUUGCGAUUGAUUUUGAAAAGGAGUUUCAAUCCUGGUGGACUAUAGUAAAUCUCACCUAUGAUCCUGCUUCUAAUGUGGCCACUGCCUUUGUGCUUACCAUACGUAAUGCCACUGUUUACGUUAUCCACCCCAUCAUUGCACUGGGAUUAAACCAUGAAAAAACAGUGCUCUACCCUUCAGAACAUAGAGUGUGGGCAUGAAAGGUGAAUGAAAAGUGGCAGACAGUAAACUUAGAAUCAUGCAUUACUAGAGAACAGCUAAGAUUCAUUUGUGAAAGCAAUAAUAUUAAUGCCCAAUAUGUGUGUGUAGACACUGAACUGAGUAUUUGCCACUUUGAAGUUCAUCCAGUCACUGAUCAGAAAACUGUGCUCAUAUAUACUGGUAAAGGUUGCGUGUGCUUGAGAACUGCUUGUGCUGCUGUAAAAAUUGAUAGCAAUGAUGUUAUUUUAUCUAGUAAAAAUCAUUCUAAUCUUUGUAAUUUUGUUAAGAUCAUCGGGUGUGAUUUUUUGUACUGAGCCCCAGUGACAUCCCACCAGUUGAUUAAAACCAAUUAUACAAUGUAUCACAGACUAUCACCAACUCCUAUUGAGAUAGACCUUACAUUAGUAAAAGAACUAAAUAAGCACCAAGACCUACUGAGAAUCUUGAAAGAAAUCCAAGAAAGCAGAAAAAAACCCUUAAUUACUGUCCAACAUGAUACAAAAGAAAUAACCAGAAUUCUACAAAGAAUAAAACAAAAUGCAGAUCAUCACUGGUAGGAUGUGAUCUUUGGGUGGUCGCCAACAGCAAAUGGAAUCUUUAAUAAGUUGUGUCAUCCCAUUGUAGUUUUGUUAAUAUUAGUUAGAAUAAGUUUAAGAUUAUCCAUUAUAUUGCUGUAGUAUUCUCUAAUUCUAAAUUAGUGUGUAGCUGUGUAAACCUCCUUAUCAAACGUACUUGGUAAAGCAUUGAGACACUUAUUGUCGUAGAAGUUUGCAUUAAGUAAAAGAAUUUACUUAUUUUCUAGGAAAGGGGGGAAAUGAGACAGAGUAGAAAUUCUCCAGAGUAGAAAUCCAUUUUGAUUUUGGUGUAAUGUACAUAUUUGAGUCUGUAGUUAAAAAACAUAGCUAUUUAUCCUGACUUCAAAAACCUAGGCACAGAGGAACUGCUUCAGUGAAGGACAGAUAUGAAGCGGGUGGGGGGGGAGACAGAGGGUGAUAGAGAGAGACAGAAGCUGCUGUGAGAGCAGGUCAACCUGACCUAGGAAUUCUUUCUGAUAAAGAAGAACUAGCGGCAAAUGUCACACGAAAUUCGUAAAAAUGAAUAUGUAUGAACCUAUUCUGAAAUUGUAUACAUAUGUAUUUGAGAGGAGGACAAAAAGGGACCUGAAGUCCCCAGAGGUCCGCAUGUCUUUUAUGGUGAGUAAUCUCCACAUGCCUCCAGCGCUGUAAUAAACACACCGACUUUACAACUUUCACAAAGUUGUGGAGCUUUUGGUUAUCUCCGCAAAACAUUGCCCAUAUUCAGAGUCACUGCAGAUUGGAGGGAGGCCUGGCCUUAGGGAACGAGAAGGUGAUCAAUUGGUGGCACCAUUUUGGGCCUCAGCUUCUCCCAACAUCAAUAAAUUUGGCCAAGCCAGAAGGGUUCAUGAGUUUUUUCAUCAAACUGUGAAAGUUUUACCCAAACAACUUGGAAUAUUACUGCAGGAUGCUCAGGCAAUUGUCACAACCUGUCCACAGGGCCAGGAUAUGAUUGGUGGAUUGGGUCCUGGAGUCAACCCCCAUGGUUUAGGCCUUUGCUCCUGGGGUGAAUUCCUUUUGCUUAUCCUUGGCCAUGCCCAGAGAUCCCUUCUGCAGAUGUCUAAUUGGUAUCCCAGUGAGUGAUUUUACUGGGUUUGCAAGGUGGGUAGGAGCUGGAGGAAAACCAUACUUGGAAGCAAAGAGAUCAAGCGUGGAGAAUCACUGGUGUAACAUCACCAGAGGUGGUAAAAAAUUUGACAUAUGCAAAAGGCUGGGAAUUAAGGCAAACGGUGAAGGCUUCCAAGCAGGUGUGAUGACACAAUCCCUGAAUGAAACUGGACUAGAACCCCAAGAACUAGACCUGUUAGGAUCAGUUCCUGGGAAUUAUGGCUUGUUUUAAACUACUUUCUGGACCCAAAAACAACUAAGCAAUGUUCUAGUCCCACAUCCCAAGAAUAAUAGUGUCAUUCUUAAUCCCAAUUCUCCAUGGUAUCAGAAUGUGACCAAGUAUUGCCACAAUUGGAUUUAUCCUGGCAGUGCUGGUGCAAAUGAGACUGUAAAAAGGCUUCCACCAGGUGUCUGUUUAAUCUGUGGGGAUAGGCCCUGGCCUGCAAUUCCAAGUAAUCCCUUUGGUGGACCUUGUUACCCAGGAAAACUAACCAUGUUUGCCCCUAGCAUGUGAGAAAUGCUGAAUCAGACUAUCUGGAGAGCAGGACACAGCACAAGAACUGAAAGAGCAAUCCCAGUCUUAGGAUCUAAUUGUAAUGAUUAUGUGGAUCUUUGGAGUGCUCCAGCACGAAUCACAGCAACAUUCCUUGCUCCAGGUGCUGUGGCUGCUCAGGCUUUGACUCCCCUGAAUAAGUUGGGAUGCUGGACAGCUGAACAACUGAACACAACUUCAACUGUUCUAAAUCAAAUGCUCACUGAUGUAGAUAGUAUUAGUCAUGGCACACUGCAAAAUAUAGCUGCUAUAGAUUUGUUGUUUUUAGCACAUGGGCACGGGUGUGAGGAGUUGGAAGGGAUGUGUUGUAUGAACCUCUCUGACCAUUCUGCAUCCAUUCACAGGAAACUCAAAAAACUACAAGAUAACGUGAAGAAAUUGACUGUGAAUGAAUGACUGGGGGUUGGAUGAAUGUUUUAAGGAAUGGGGAAUAACUGGAUGGUUGAAAGGUAUUGUAAAGGAAAUUUUGUUAAUAUUAGUAGUCAUUAUUUUAUUGCUUUGUGUUAUUCCAUGCAUAAUUAAGUUCAUGACCCUUAGAAGAGAACACAGUAAAGAGAGUCUGGCUGCUGCAAGAAGAAGAAGGGGGAAUUGUAGCAGUGUAUGUGAACAACUCAGGCCUCAGUGUGCACCAGCCAUACCAUCUGUAACUGUUCUUAUCAGAAUUGUCUCAGGGCACUGUGGAAUUCAUCAAGGUUACUGAGACAUAAACUGUGCUAAAAUAAGAAAAAAGAAGCUGAGAAAGGGCACACCAGGAUGGCAGGAACUGGAUAACAGAGGACUGUGAAACACCUGCACGGUAACCAAUCACAGACAUUGAGAAAUGGAGACAGAGAAUGAGGGAAUGAGACAAAGGCACCAAUCAAGAAGUGUGAUCUUAAUAGUUUGUAGAAUCUGGAAAAGUGUGUGUAAUGUAAACAAUAAAGAGCUUCUGCUUGGU